AUGAUCCCUGGAGGAUAUGGUGGUGGCGGAAGCGCUUCAAACCUUUUUGAUUCAUCCAAUCUAAAAUACUCAGGCUCAGGUUCGGGAGGCGGCCAAACAAGUGUCAAAUUUCUCAUUAAUGAUUUAUGGCAUCGAGUAAUAGUAAGUGGAGGCGGAGGGGGCUCUGAUAAUGGUCCAGAAAACUCAGACAACGGAUCAGGAGGCGCAGGAAGUAAUCUUGUUGCUCAAGGUUAUUGGAAUGCAGGAACUUAUACUGAUCAAAAAGUGGCAAAUUCAUUGUCAGGUUUUACCUUCGGUUCUGGAGAAGCUGCCCAAGAGAAUGGAUCGAAAAACGAAAACGGAGUCACGAAAUCAAUAGGGUCUGGCGAUAGACCUGGGUCAGGAGGAGGCUGGUUUGGAGGAUUUGCAGGGCAUUCUGGAUAUGCAGGAUCUGGGGGUGGAAGCUCUUGGAUUUUGACAAAAGAUGCAGUAAUCCCACCUGGUUUGAUAGAAGCCAGAGAUGAAUUUUAUGAAUAUAUUGAUUCCCAAUAUUACGCAUUUAAUGAAUCAAGUGAUUACUAUUUUGAUCAUGCUGUUCAUGCCGCAGGUGUUUGGGAUGGUAAUGGAAAACUCAUAAUAACCCAGAUCGAUGAAAUGCCAAAUUCAUGUCAUGUUAUUGCACCUAUAGUAUUUUUAUCUUUAUUUAGAAUGUCUCUUUUUGUUUUUAUUACUAUGUAA